AUGGAAAAGCAAAACUACUGCGAUCAGAUCUGGGGUUACGAUACCCACGACGGAAUUAAGCUUGUAAUCCCUCGCAACCGAUGGGACGAGUUCAGAAAUCAUCCGAGUUUCACGUUUAAGGCGUCGGUAGACAAUGAUAUGCUUGUCGAAUAUACCAAAUUCGGCGGCCCUCCUGAUUACUUCAACAAGGCCAUCACCGGUGGCUUGAAUCCGACACUAGGCGAGUACGUUCCCGUACUCCACGCUCUGAUCAUCAAACACAUGAAGUCAGUUGUUGGCGAGUUCGACAAUUGGGAGGAGAUCAGAGUACACGAGAGGGUUUUGAAGCUUGUCACUAGGGUUUCAUCACGCGCCUUCUAUGGUUCCUCAACCACAGAUAGUGACGAAUGGCUUGGAAUCGCUUACGGGUACCUUGGUGCCGUAAUCGCUACUAUUCGACUUUUAAAAACAAUCCCUCCAGUGUUGCGCCCAGUCGUUCAUUUCUUUUCUCCGCAAAAGAAGGCAAUCAAGAAGCAAUUCAAAGAGGCUUCAAAGUUUGUUACAGAAACGAUCCAGCUGCGUCGCCAGCUGGGUGGCAUACAACUUGACUCCCCUCCGUCUUUAUUCGACCACCUCACCACGGGUAAAAAUGUAAUAUAUGCGGAAGACAUUGACGCCCAAACACUGCAUCAAAUGACUCUAAUUGCUGUCGGCAACAGCACAACUGUCUCAAGCGCGAUUCAAGCUGUAUACGACCUCAUCGACCGCCCAGAACAUAUCCCGGCUCUUCUUGAAGAGAUUCAGCGCGCGGAAAGGGAUGAAAAUGGAUUUCUGACUAGGAGUGGACUCCAAGAAAUGCGUUUCAUGGACAGUUUUCUGAAGGAGUCAUUCAGAUUGAACGGAUCAGGAAUAACAACAUUUGCAAGAGCCAGUAUUGAAGAUGUGACGCUAAAGGAUGGAAUCUUCAUUCCUAAGGGCACCAAGAUUGAGAUUGCCGCCGGUGCAAUUGAUCGCGAUCCAAAUAAGUGGCCCAAUCCACUGAGUUUCGAUGCUACCCGUCACUUGAAGGCACGAGAGCGCCCCGGCCACGAGCACAAGCACACCUUUGUGAGCACUUCGGCAGAUGAUCUUGGUUUCGGAUACGGUCGUCACGUCUGCCCUGGGCGUUAUUUGACCGACAUCGUUGACAAACUCGUCAUAUGCGAGUUGUUGCUCAAUUAUGAGCUUAAGUUCCUCCCAGGCAAGAGAAGACCCACGAACAUUGAGUAUGAGAACAUUGCCGAAGCAGACCCAUCAGCCAGCAUCUUAAUAAAGAGUAAGACCCCUUGA